AUGAACAAAUGUUGUGGAAAGACUUCCAAGCUUCUGAAGGUGUCUGCACUUGUCCUCUUCAUAGCUCUUCUCCUUCAUCUGAUUGGAUUUGCCUCACCCUUCUGGAGUCAGAGAUUCAACUCAAAUGAAGGUCUUUGGGAAGCUUGUCAAGCCGGAAUAUGUCUAUCAACGGCCUCGUCUCCUCUUCUGCAGACCCAAGAUUGGUUCAAGGCAGUGCAAGGUGUGAUGAUUGUCUCCUUCAUCACUGCCGUCGUCACUGUCGUUCUGACGCUGGUGUUGCUGUUUGCUGCAUCAAUGGCACGCUCUGUACCUCUCAUCAUUGCCACCCUGACGUUUGCAGUAGCUACAGCUGUGUUCAUCCUGAUCGGUGUGACGGUGUAUGGAGUGCGGGCUAGUGUGCUGUUCGAGGAUUUGUUUGGUCAAGGGUUCGAGGUGGGCUUCGCCUACAUCCUGUCGGUCAUCUCCAUCUUCGGCUACUUCAUCUUGGCUCUCAUGCUGGCCGCAGAUAUUGACCACAAAGUGAACGAGGAGAGGGAGGCCGACGAGGGUGAAGCAGACGCCGAGAACGGGGAAUCUGCUGAAGUCGAAGCGGAUGAAGCUGAAACAGCCAUGGAUGAGGAAGAAGCAUCCACAUCAAGCUCUAUCAACAACCGCAACAGCUCCAUGAACCCCAACAACCGCGACAGCUCCAUGAACCCCAACAACCCCAAUAACCUCAGCAACUCCAACAGCCCCAACAGCCCCAACAAUGAUUAAUCGACC